AUGGCCGGAGGUCCGGGAAGAAAAGGGACUGAGGAUCUCAGGGUGCUGACCUUCUGGUAUCUGCCGGUGUUCAACGCCUGGCUGCUGUUGUGCCCGUGGACGCUGGCGCACGACUGGCAGAUGGGCUCCAUCCCGCUCAUCACCUCCGUCAUAGAUACCAGGAACAUCGCUUCUCAUUUGUUCUACGGCGCCCUUGUACUUAUACUCAGAGCUGGAUGCUUGAUGAAGGGCCAGGAGGGGCGGGCGUUGCUGCUGGGGUUGGCGCUGCUGGUGCUGCCAUUCCUCCCGGCCACCAACCUCCUCUUCACCGUCGGCUUCGUCAUCGCCGAGAGGAUACUCUACAUCCCCAGCCUGGGCUACGCGGUGCUGGUGGGCGUGGCCCUCUCGCGGGCGGGACGGCUGAGGGCGCCCUGCCUCCUGCUGCUCCUCGUCGCCGCCUCCUCCAGGACGCUACAGAGGAACCGGGACUGGGAAUCCAGGGAGACGCUCUUCUUGGCGGGCCUGAGGACGCUGCCACACAACGCCAAGAUGCACUACAACUUCGCCAACCUGCAGAAGGACCUGGGUAACGCCGACCUCGCCAAGCUCCACUACAUAUACGCCAUCAGACUGUGGCCGGGGCACUCCAGCGCCCACAACAACCUGGGCACACUUCUUAACGACACCACGGAGGCCGAGAACCACUUCCGGAUGGCCCUGAAGGCGCACCCUCACCACGCCCACGCCUACUACAACUUGGCCAACCUCAGACA